CGGGAAUACUUUCACCAAGAAAUUGCGAUAUCGACUCCCCUCGAAACGGCGGCUCCAAUUCGACCCAAGGUCAGAAGUCAUAACAUUCUACCGCCGAAGGAAUAGAAUUGACUCUGCCCCGCGCUCCAUGUGAGCAAGCAGCCGACAAGAUGCUGUACGAAUUGAUUGGAAUUGUCCGACCCGGCAAUCUUGCUGAGGUGAAAGAAAUCGUCCUAACAGCAGGCCAGCUGAUCCUCCAGCAAAAGGGCGUGAUCCGCGGGAUAGCGAACUGGGGCGUCUUCCUGCUGCCGAAGCCGACGAGCGUGCACCAGAUGCGCCACCACCAGGGCCACUACUUCGCCAUGCGCUUCGACGGCUCCGUCGCCACCCAGGACGCCGUCCGCAACAUGCUCGCCCUCGACCCCCGCAUGAUCCGCCACUCCUCCGUCAAGCUCGGCGACGGCAAGCUCGAGACCAUGAGCCGCUUCGGCAAGCCCAGAUGGUUGACUACGAACUAAGUAAGGUGUUUACCUAUUUAUGAACGACUUGGUUUAUGCGGGUUAAGUGGUGAUUGGGCGGGGGGAGGGGGGGGAAGGAUUUGAGGAAUCUGGUUGGUUGGUUGGUGGGGCUGGGAGACGAAAGGCAAUGUCUGGCAUGGCUUUCCAGUCCGGCUGCUGUUCCUGCAAGAGGGAUAUGCGUAAGUGCCAAUGCUCUUACUAUAGGAGUAUAAUAGAAGUGGGGAGAAGACAUCUUCCCUCAACCCUCAAAGAAGAGCUACUACGAUGACACGAGCUGGGAGAAAGGGAAGAAAAGUCAAAUCAAAUCAGACAGCAUAGACCGCCCAUCUGACUGCUGAUCUGCUGUACAUUUACGACGCCAUAGGAGGACGUACAUACGCAGAGAACAUAAAAAAAACAAAAAAAAACAUCGACGUACAAACUUAA